ACACCUCCUCUGUUCACCCCGCCCCAGCCUGACCCAGUCACAUGCACUUUCAGAUAGAUAAAAACCUCACGAGAGACACUAUCAUUGUUUCUGCUCAGCAGUUGUAGUGGAGCCUCCUCUGUGGAUUCACACAAGCAAGCUUCUGUGCUCUGCUUACAACAGGCCUUCUCCUUCCUAACGCAACUCACAGAAGCAGGAUGCGCUUGGUGUGGGCUUUGGGUCUCUUUUUGACCCUGCUGCAUCUGUCUACCUCUCUGCUGCUGGGAGCCUUCAACAUUAAGUCAUUUGGAGACAAGAAAGCCUCCAACACAACUCUGAUGAACCACAUCAGCACGAUUGUCCAUCGCUAUGACAUCAUUCUGAUCCAGGAAGUCCGAGACAGCGAUCUGUCAGCAACCAAAAAACUCAUGGAGCAUGUCAACAAAGGUUCUCCUCAGUUCAGGUACAUCGUCAGUGAGCCUCUGGGUCGCAGCACCUAUAAGGAGAGAUAUCUUUUCCUCUACAGGGAGCAGACGGUGUCCGUGGCUAAAAACUACACCUACGAUGACGGCUGUGAGCCUUGUGGGACAGACACCUUCAGCAGAGAGCCCUUCGUCGUCAUGUUCACCUCCAAACAAACCGCUGUGAGGAACUUUGUUCUGAUCCCCCAGCACACCUCCCCAGACUCCGCUGUGAAGGAAACGGAUGCUCUCCAUGAUGUGGUGACUGAUGUCCGCAAACGCUGGAGCACCAAUGACAUCGUGCUGCUGGGCGACUUCAACACAGGCUGCAGUUAUGUAUCGGGCAAAGACUGGCAGAAGAUCCGCCUCUUCACGGACAAGAGUUUCCACUGGCUGAUCACCGACGAGGCUGACACCACAGUGUCACACACUACCUGCCCUUAUGACAGGAUUGUGGUCACUACUGACAUGAUGAAGGGAGUGGUGCCCGGCAGUGCUAAGGUCUACAACUACAUGGUGGACUUGCAUCUCAGCCACAGUCUGGCAUUGGCUGUCAGUGACCAUUUCCCUGUGGAGGUGAAGCUGAUACCUUCUGCUGCCUGAAUCAUGAAACCUGCAACCAGCCUACAGACCUCCAGGCUGAAUCUGAAUUAUGAUUGCUCAGUGGGGGAUUUCUCUGCAACCAUGCAGCAUUGAAUUUACAAGACCAAAUUAAACAAAUCUGCCAAAUGCU